AUGAUCUUUCCUCAGGGUGAUGUUCUCCUCCAGCGGAGUCUCGAAUUCGGAUACAUCAAGCCCAGACUGCUGGGUCACUCAGGAACCUGUCCGGGUCUCACCUUGGUGCUCGUUGGCCAGGUUCCCCCGCAUUGUUCGCAAGACACCCAAGGCCUGUACAACCUCGUCUCCAAAUUUAGCACGACAGGCGGCGGAUUCCCAAGUCAUAUCAAUGCUGAAACACCUGGGGCGAUCCACGAAGGUGGAGAACUUGGAUACGCUCUCAGCGUGAGUUUUGGUGCGGUGAUGGAUAUCCCAGAUUUGAUUGUCUGUUUCAUCGUAGGCCCCGUACUGGUUGGCAAUGGCGCCGAAUGGACCUUCAAAGUCACCGCUGCAGCGGACCUGCUUCGUUCGAAGAUGCCCGACCUGCGCGUCCGGGUCGUCAAUGCCACAGAUCUCAUCAUCAUGGGGGCGUCUAGCAGCUACCCUCGCGCUUUGACGGAUAACGGCUUCGACGCUCUCUUCACCGAAGAUGCCCCCAUCCAUUUCAAAGAGGAACGAAAAGCUCGGGUUGAGAUCACACGAGGUCACGAGCAAGUUGAUGGGAAUGAUCAACAAGACGCAGAAUGA